AUGCCCCCUGCUACGUCAUCAGGAUUGGUCACUCCCGCCGCGGCCCGCUCCGGGUCCCCAACAUUGGCAAAGGAGACCCGAUGGCCGUCUCUACCUCGCCCCCUCAGAGUACGAAUAGCCUGGAUUCUCGACUUAGACUACCCACAACCAGGUAGCCUAACCAAGGCCGCCCCUCCCCGGCUCCCACGUGGGCUACUCUGCUUCCGGGUUCGGGCGGCCUGCCCCCUGCCCGCUGACGCACUGCGCAUGCCCGACCGCCCCGCGGUGCCCACAGCACCUCCUGCAGGACUAGCUGAGCCGCAGCCUUCUCUGUACCGCGACCUGCUGGGCUGCCCCCUACUACCGGCAUCAUUCUGUGCCUUUCGAGGUCCCAGAAGGCUGGAGGGCCACAUUCACCCAGACACCGGCAAAAGCCACUUGAAAAGGGAUGUGUUCCAACCAGGUAAUCCACAUUCCAGGAGUGAUGCCCCAAAGCGCCCACCUUCCCACUCACCUGGAAGAAAUUCUGAGGCACAACCACCCCUAAUCACAGAAAAGGAGAAAGAACAGAAAGAUACUCCUAAAGCCAAGGUAACCUCCGCCUCCGAGAUUCUGCAAACAGCAGUGGGAAACUCCCAAACUCAUCCAUGACCCAGGAACCCUCCCUGUCUUGGAUGUCUCCUCUACAAACAACAGAACCUCUGCCUUAGAGAACUAUCUCCUUUUCUUCCUCAAAUACCCUCUCCUCUCUUAUCUGGGCCAGCUUCCCUGGCCUUGCUCUCUAAAAAGCCUAAAAUCCAGGGCGCCUGGGUGGCUCAAUCAGUUAAGCGUCUGACUUCAGCUCAGGUCAUGAUCUAGUGGUUUGUGAGUUCGAGCCCUGCAUGGGGGACUGCACUGACAGCUCAGAGCCUGGAGGCUGCUUCAGAUUCUGUGUCUCCCUCUCUCUUUGCCCCUCCCCCACUCACACUCUGUCUCUCUCUCUCUCUCUCAAAAAUAAUAAAAAAAUUAAAAUAAAGAUAAAAAGCCUAAAAUUCUUCCAAAAUGGCUUUAAAAAUCUCUCUCCUUGGUGUGCCUGCGUGGCUCAGUAGGUUAAACAUCUGACUCUUGAUUUCAGCUCAGGUCAUGAUCUCACAGUUUGUGUGUUCAAGCCCAAACGUGGGGCUCUGUGCUGACAGUGCAGGGCCUGCUUGGGAUUCUCUGUCUCCCUCUCUCUCUGCCCCUCCUCCCUCCCCUGUUUGCCUGUGUUCUCUCCCUCUCAAAAUAAACAUUUU